AAACUCAAAGUCUGGUUUGAGUUGAGUUUGGCCUUAAGAAACUAAUUUUGUUAUUGUAACAGGCUUCUGUCAAUUUUAAAGUUUACUAAAAUUUAACUAUUCGUUUAAGAUUUGAUAUUACUUGUGUUAAGUGAAAUGGCUUUGCGAAACUUAUUUCAAAACAAUUUGCUUGGCAAAAUUUCACAUAGUUCAAGAAGCUUUUCUCAUCGAUAUGCAAGCACUCUGAUUAUUGGUGAUCACAAAGAUGGUAAGCUUGAUCCGAUCACAUUAAGCUGUGUCACAGCUGGUAAACAACUUGGACAUGAGAUGCAUUGUCUAAUUGUUGGUGAUGGUGUUGAAAAUGCCGCUAAAGAAUUAUCAAAAGUUGACCUGUUGAAGAAAAUUUUCGUCGGAGAUAAUCCAGCUUUCAAGGGAAUGCUGGCUGAAGCUAUUGCUCCUUUGGUUGUUGAAUUACAGAAAACUAACGGUUAUACUCAUAUUCUUUGUGGUGCUAAUGCCUUUGGUAAAAAUUUGAUUCCCCGUGUUGGUGGAUAUUUGGAUGCAUCACCUAUUUCUGAUAUUAUUGGGAUCAAAGAUGAUUCAACCUUUAUCAGAACAAUUUACGCAGGAAAUGCAGUUCAAACUCUAAAAGCCAAAGACCCAAUUAAGCUGAUUUCUGUCCGAGGAACCAAUUUCGAAAAAUAUGAACUUUCUGAUUCCGCUAAUGUACCUAUCGAAAAAUUGGAUAAAAUUGAUGUAAAGGUUGAUCAGGUUGAAUGGAUCAGUGCCGAGUUGUCGAAAUCAGACAGACCCGAGUUAACGGCUGCUAGUAAGAUCAUUUCUGGAGGUAGAGGUAUGAAAAGCGGUGAUAACUUCAAGCUUCUUUACGAUCUUGCUGAUAAAAUUGGUGCUGCUGUUGGUGCAUCAAGAGCUGCUGUUGAUGCAGGUUUUGUUCCAAACGAUCUUCAAGUUGGUCAAACUGGUAAAAUUGUUGCUCCUGAACUUUAUAUUGCUGUUGGAAUAUCAGGUGCCAUUCAACAUCUUGCCGGAAUGAAAGACUCUAAAACUAUAGUUGCCAUAAACAAAGACGGGGAAGCACCUAUCUUUGAAGUUGCUGAUUUUGGUCUAGUGGCUGAUCUUUUCAAAGCGAUUCCAGAAAUAAACGAGAAAAUUGAUAAAUAUUUAUCAAAGUAAAGCUUUUAAAUUUUAUAUUCCGUCAUUUUGGGUUAAAUGAAAAAAAUUGUUGUCAAAAUACUUUAAUAUGAUAUAUAUAUUUAAUAUACUUUGUAAUUUUUAUUCGCAUAUUUUGCCUGAACUAAAAAAGUAAAGCAAUGUUCACUAAAUUCGUUUACUUUUCUGUAACAAAUAACUGUAAAGUACAUCCAGCAUAUCAGUUUUUGUAUCAAUCAAUGACUGAACCAGUUCACCACGAAACAAUAAAAGUUCAAAUAGCAAAUUGUUUCAAA